ACCGCGGAGCGGGCAGUAGGCUUCCGCGCUGUGACCCCUGCGCGAAUAAGAUGAACGGGACGCGGAACUGGUGUACCUUGGUGGACGUGCACCCGGAGGGGCAGACCGUGGGCAGCGUGGACAUUCUCAGGCUGGCUCUACAGAGUGAACUGACAGGAGAUGAACUUGAACACUUAGCCCAGAAGGCGGGCAGGAAGACCUAUGCCAUGGUGUCUGGCCGCUCAACCAGUCAUUCUCUGGCCUCAGAACUGGUGGAGUCCAAUGAUGGCCAUGAGGAGAUCAUUAAGGUAUACUUGAAGGGGAGGUCUGGAGAUAAGAUGAUCCAUGAGAAGAAUAUCAAGCAGCUGAAGAGUGAGGUGCAGUACAUCCAGGAGGCCCGGAACUGCCUGCAGAAGCUCCGGGAGGACAUAAGUAGCAAGCUUGACAGAGAUCCAGGAGAUUGUCUCCAUGGACAGGAGAUACAGGUGGUGUUAGAAAAGCCCAAUGGAUUAAAUCCAAGCUCCACAAGCCCAUAUAGCAGCCCACCUGAGGUAGAUGCCUAUAUAAACGAAGAUGUCGAGAGCUUGAGGAAGACCGUGCGGGACCUGCUUGUCAAGCUGCAGGAGACUGAGCGGCAGCACCAGUCUGACCGUGUGGCUUUUGAGGUCACACUCAGCCGGUACCAGAGAGAAGCAGAACAGAGUCAAGUGGCCCUUCAGAGAGCGGAGGACAGAGUGGAGCAGAAGGAGGCAGAUGUGGGAGAGCUCCAGAAGCGCUUGCUAGGCAUGCAGGCGGAGCAUCAGGCCUUACUGGUGAAGGUUAGGGAAGGGGAAACAGCCCUGGAGGAACUUCGGAGCAAGGACACGGACUGCCAAAUAGAACGAGAAAAGGCUGCCAGUCUGGAAAAGGAAGUGGCUGGGUUGCGGGAGAAGAUCCACCACUUGGAUGACAUGCUGAAGAGCCAGCAGCGGAAAGUGCGGCAAAUGAUAGAGCAGCUCCAGAAUUCAAAAGCUGUGGUCCAGUCAAAGGACAGCACCAUCCAGGAGCUGAAGGAGAAAAUCGCCUACCUGGAAGCAGAGAAUUUAGAGAUGCAUGACCGGAUGGAACACCUGAUAGAAAAGCAGAUCAGUCAUGGCCACUUUAGCACCCAGACCUGGACCAAGACUGAGAACCUGGGCAGCGUGAGGAUAUCCAAGCCCCCCAGCCCUGAUAAGCCCCUGCCUCUUAUCCGAGUGGUGGAAACAUGAGCGGGAGGAGCCGGAUGCUGCUCUUGGUGCUACCUCUCGCCUGCGGAGAAGCCCGCCAGCCCCGCAGGCUCUUCGCCCUGACUUCGACUUCCUGACCGCUCCCGGGCUGCACUCAGGGCUGGGCGGCUCAUGCGUCCCACUCUUCCCAAACUCCUGUCCCCCGUCUGCUGGGCAGACAGAGGAUGAACACCUCCUCUGGACACUGCAGCCCUCUGGAGGACGUUAACCGGCCAGCAAGAGCCAGGGCGGUAUCCUUAUUCCUGUAGUUACUGUUUUUCUCUGUAGCAGAGUCUCCCUUCUCCUGUAGACUGGAGCUCAGCUGGCCCAGAGUCCAGGCCGUCACUGGGUCGGGAGACUCACCUGGCGAUGCCGGAGGCAGCGCUGUCCACAGUGAUGGGAGGGCGGCCCGGGGGAAUGAAGUUCCCUCCACAAACACUGCUCAGUUCUUCGCAACAUGUUUGUUUUCCCACUCGCUCCGCCCUCAGCCCCUGCUGACCCGGGCCUCCUACGGACAGACAUAGGGCGGCCUGCCAUGGCCUGGGCAGAGCCAGCGAGCCUUGGCUUUGACCGGCCAGCCUUGUCUUCCUGGGAGAAGGAAAUGUACAUCCCGGGAGUAGCUUUUAGUGGAAAGAUUCUGUAGGGCCGCAGGUAGUUCUGUGUGACUUCUCUCUGCUGGGAAGGCUCCCGGCAUCUCUUAGGGUUUUCCUCUAAGAUGCAGUGCAAGGUACAUGUCAGUCUUCUUGACUCAAGAGCCUAAAAACUGUUUUCACUGGGUUACAUCAAUUUCAGUGAAACUCUCAUUGUAUUUAUUUUGCUAAGUUAUUGGUGUUUUUCCUUACAUCUCACAACUGAUUUAAUACCAGAGUUUUACAGCCUUCUCUUGUGGUGUUUGGAUUUGCUCUGUGCUGGGAAAAAUGUGUUCCCACUGGACUUGUUGAUUUCAGAAGUAAAUCUUUUUCUCUUUUUCUUCUACCUCCUUCUUUCCCUUCUUCCUUCAAACCUGAUCUGAACUUCAGGAAGGCAAGCAUAUUUGCCCUGAGGCUUUGGGGUCUGAGUGUGUGUUGUUUGGGGGGAAGGGGUGAUCAGGACUCUCUUGGGUGGGAUUGAGUUCUUCUCCUCAGCCCUCUGCACCCUCUGCUCCACAAUCGGUCUGUUUUUCUGGCUCUGGAUCACCCUGACACUCAUGAUGUUUUCUUUAGGGCUCUUCUUGCAGCCUCGAGGAGGAGAUAAGCAUCAGAAUGUGGUACUGUAGGGCACAGAAACAUUCAGAGUCAACAUGGAUCAAGUCUUUAGGCUCUACUUGGCUCAAAAUCAGAAGCCCGACGUCUGUGUGUUUCUGUGUGUUAGGACUGGGCUGACAGGCCGGUGCUGUCCAGAAUGCUGUUCUGGUGUUCCUCAUUCACUUUCCUCAUUUGUAAAAAGAGGGGUCCGGAUGGUCUCCAUGGGCCUCUCCAGUUCUGAUGUUCUUUCCUUUGGCAUAGACUUUGUAUGGCAAACUUAAUAAAAUAUGUUACUGUGUCU